AUGUAUAUAAACUCCGCAGGCUAUAUCAACGCAGCUUCCCAAGCACCACCCUACAUGCGAGGGAAAGGAAAUACGAAGAGUCAGAUAUAGGUCGCAGCUGCACUUAGGAACUUGGAAGUGAGUCAGAGGGUUCAAACCUAUAAAUUGUAAUUGCAUUCGCGUUUCUUCGCGCAAGAACUAUAACAAUACAACCCAUUUCCCUACGCAAUACAACUUCUUCCAAGCCUUUGGCAAGGACGCGCCCUUCUUCGCUGAAGAACAAUUUCAAUCUUCUGAUUUCAGGGGGAAGGCGGCGGCGGCCUAUCGCAUUCGCAGCAGAAUUCCCCCAUUCCCCCUUCCUAUUUCGGACUUCCGUACAUUCUCCCGCUUUCCACCUCUCCUCUCAAAUUCCUCAAUCCCUCUUUAUUUUUCAUCUGCACUAUUCUCCAUCAAUUGAAUGGGUAGGCCCAAGGGAGACGGAGCUAGAAGCAAGGCUAGACCUUCAAGCAGCAGUUUGGCAGCAUCACUUCUGCCAUCGGAUUCUGCCGCUAACGCUGCUGGAUUCGGCGGCUUUCUUGGUAGUUACCGGCUCGAUUCUUCUCUCACCGGAGAUGAUGCAGCACCUUUUUCGGAUAUUGACAGUGAAGUUGCACAACACUUGAAAAGGCUUUCAAGGAAAGACCCAACUACCAAGCUUAAAGCAUUGGCCUCUUUGUCUGAGAUUCUUAAGCAGAAAUCCGGUAAAGACGUUGCAUCAAUUAUUCCACAAUGGGUAUUUGAAUACAAGAAACUGUUGAUGGAUUAUAAUAGGGAUGUUCGACGUGCUACACAUGACACAAUGACCAAUCUUGUCAUGGCUGCUGGGAGAGAGAUAGCUCCACAUCUGAAAUCCUUGAUGGGGCCCUGGUGGUUUUCUCAAUUUGAUUCAGUUUCUGAAGUCUCUCAAAGUGCAAUGCAAUCAUUGCAGGCAGCAUUUCCUGCUCAGGAAAAGAGAGUAGAUGCUUUAGUUUUAUGUACAACAGAGAUAUUUAUAUACCUGGAGGAAAACUUGAAGCUCACGCCAGAUACUUUGUCCGAUAAAUUAGUUGCCAAGGAUGAAUUGGAAGAGAUGCACCAGCAGGUUAUCUCUUCAUCAUUGCUUGCUCUAGCCACAUUAAUUGAUGUAUUAGUGAGUGGGCGGUCUGAAAGAUCAGGGACUGGAAAAAGCAGUGGUGAAACAAAACAUACUUCUAUGUCUAGGUCUCGGGAGACUGCUAUUUCAUUUGCUGAAAAAUUGUUCACUGAGCAUAAAUACUUUAUAGACCUGUUGAAGUCCAAAAGUAACAUCGUCCGAUCUGCUACCUAUUCAGUCAUGAGGAGCCUCGUCAAAAACAUUCCUCAUGCUUUUAAGGAACAGAACAUGAAAACUAUUGCCGGGUCUAUCCUUGGUGCUUUUCAGGAGAAAGAUCCUUCUUGCCAUUCACCAAUGUGGGAUGCAGUGCUACUUUUUUCUAAAAGACUGCCCAACUGUUGGACAUAUGUUAAUGUUCAGAAAACUGUACUGAAUAGAUUUUGGAAUUUUCUUAGAAAUGGGUGCUUUGGAUCCCAGAAGAUUUCUUACCCAACUUUGAUUUUAUUUUUGGACACCGUUCCACCUUGUGCUGUAGGAGGGGAGAAAUUUCUUCUCGAUUUUUUUGAGAACUUAUGGGUUGGAAGGAAUCCAUUCCAUUCCUCAAGUACAGAAAGGCUUGCAUUUUUCCAGGCUUUUAAAGAAUGUUUUCUUUGGGGGAUUCAGAAUGCAUCAAGCUUCUGCAAUGGAGAUGACUUUGUUCAUUUUCAAGUCACCCUCAUUGAUGCCAUUCUUGUCAAGCUUUUAUGGAAGGAUUACUUACAUGUUCAAUGUCUAAAGAAUCAAGACAGGGUAUUCUUCGAAGAUGCACCCUUGAAUAACAAGAUGACAGAGGACUUACCAAGUACAAAGUAUCCAAUGAGCUACUUACAAGAUUUGAGAAAAUGCAUUGUCGAAAUUCUCUCUAGCAUUCACUUAGCGAAACAUGAUCUACUUUCUGUUUUUGCUAUGGAAUUUCAAAAGAAUUGUAUUGAUAUGUUCCAGUUGACAGAUAAUGUAGGAGUAGCCUCGGAAACUAUAGAACAGAUUAUAGGAUUUAUAUUAGAAUUGGAACAACUUUCCAUGGACAAGGAUGAUACCUGGCUCUUGGUUCACUUGGUAGGACCGACACUGGCAAAUACUUUCCCCAUUAUACAAUCACUUGACUCUUCGGAUGGUGUGAGACUUCUAUCUGCUGCAGUGUCCGUUUUUGGACCUCGCAAGAUUGUUCGAGAAUUAUUUAUCAAUAAUAAUGGAAUGUCCUCUACUAAGUUUUCUGGUGUUGAGGCCCAAGAUUUGGAGGCAAGGCAAUUCAUGCAAGUAUUUAAUGACAUUUUUGUUCCUUGGUGUUUGCAAGGAAACAAUAGCUCUUCUAGUGCUCAAUUAGAUCUCUUGCUUGCACUAAUUGAUGAUGAACAUUUCUCUGAUCAAUGGCAUUCUGUUAUUAGUUACUCAACUAAUUUAAAUCAUACUGAAGUUGUGCUUGAGUCAAUGAACUCAGAAAGUCUAGCCGUGUUGGCGAAGCUUUUAAAUAGAGUAAGAGGAAAAAUUACAAAUAGUGAUGCAAGAAAAGUCACCCAUACUUGGCAGAGGGCUAAUCUUGGGAACUGGCAUCAUGAGCAUUUGGAAUCUGCUGCUAUUGCCAUAGCGCAAUCCCAUGCUCCGAUCAGAAGCUCAUUUACGGAUUUUCUAUGUUCUGUUUUGGGUGGUUCUGUACAGAAUGAUUGCUCUUCUUUCGUGUCAAGAGAUGCAUUGAUUGCUAUAUUCGAGGCGCUAUUUCAGAAGUUAGUUAGUUUCUUAUUGCAUUCUCCUUUUACAUGGGCAAGAAAUUCUUGUUCUCUUUUGAUAUCUAGGCCUGAUUCUCCUGAAAAAAUUUUCCCCAAGUACACAAGUUCUUCAGAGGUUGUUGUGAUGGCAAACUUUGCUCUAGAAGUACUUGACCGCUGCAUCUUUUGUUUAUACAACCUUGGUGAAGAAAAUUAUCUACUUCCUAGUAUUUUAGCUACUAUAUAUGCUAUCGAUUGGGAUUGCAGUAUGGAAGGAAAACAAGAUGAUGUGCUUGAUGAAAAAUUUAAAGAAGAAAGUAAAGCAAGGUUGCUUUUUGGUGAAUCUGUGCGAGCUCUACGCCAAAAGAUAACAGAUCAGUUUUGGAAGAGCUGCAGAACACACAACAGAAAAAAAUAUGGAAGUAUCUUGAUUCAGUUUAUUAGGUCUGCCAUCUUCAGCGAAGAUAGUGAAGAAAUUGUGUCUUUGUGCCUCCAAUGGAUGCUUGAAAUUCUGGAUCAUAUCUCUCAGGAUCAGUUUGAAGAACAAUAUAUGUUAGACCAGCUUUUGAUCAAGAAUGAUACGUGGCCUUUCUGGAUUGCUCCCGACUUCAUGGCUCCAAAUGAAUUUGCUGCUUCAAAUACAAAAAACAUUGGCUUGGAUAUUCACAUAUCUGGAAAUCACAAGUUUAUUUCUUUAAUAAGCAUGUUUAUGUCGAAGAUUGGACUUGAGAAACUGUUUUCUGGUCAAGUUGAAAAUUCUUCUCCUUGCAUUAGCAAGAUGACAAAGAAUGAGGUUACUUCCCGAGCUUGGCUGGUUGCUGAAAUAUUAUGCACAUGGAAGUGGCCAGGAGGUAAUGCUAGAGGCUCUUUCCUUCCUUUAUUUUGUGCUUACGUCAAAAGAAGCUGCUCACAUGAAAGCUUGUUGGAUUCCACCUUCAACAUGUUAUUGGAUGGGGCUCUUCUCUACAGUAGCAGAGCUGCUCAAAGCCUCAUCAACAUUUGGCCUUAUCCAGUUUCCUUACUAGAAGAUAUUCAAGAACCAUUCUUGAGAGCUCUUGCAUCUUUGCUUUUCAGUUUAUUAAAAGAGAACAUAUGGGGGAGAGACAAAGCUAGUUCACAGUUUGAGUUGCUUGUUAGUAGACUUUUCAUUGGUGAAGCAGUGAAUAUUGACUGCUUAAGAAUUCUUCCUCUGAUUUUGAGUUAUCUUGUUCGUCCCAUGUGUGAAAGAAAUUCUACAUUUGAUGAUUGUGGUUCGUGCUCUGGAGACUCUUUGAUGGAAAAUACUUUUCAAAGAACUACCGAGGGUUGGCUCCAGAGAGUCCUUUUAUUCCCAUCAUUAAAUGAAUGGCAGCUUGGGCAAGAUAUGGAAUAUUGGCUUUUGUUGGUGAUAUCAUGUUAUCCCUUCAGUUGUUCCAUUGGAGGUUUACAAACAUUGAAGCUGGACAGAAAUAUAAGCACUGAGGAGGGCAGCCUCUUAUUGGAAUUAUUUCGAAAACAGAGAAAAGCAUCCAGUAGAUCACCUGCAGUUAAUCAUGCGCCAUGGGUACAAAUGUUAUUGUCAGAGCUUAUGGUUGUGUCUGUUGGUUACUGUUGGAAGCAAUUCAGUCAUGAAGAUUGGGAGUUUCUGUUGUUCCAGUUAAUGAGUUGGAUUCAAUCAGCCGUUGUAAUAAUGGAGGAAAUUGCUGAAAGCGUGAAUGAUAUUAUUGUCAAGAGUUCUACUGCUAUGGAUUUAAAUGAAAUUUUAGAAAAGCUUGAGCAGAGUGUUCUGAUCUUGGAUCCAAUCCCUUUUUGCAUUUCAAGAAAUGCCCUUUUAUCAUUUUCUUUGUUUGAUGGUUCCCUUGGGCUACAUGGCCUGAAAGAUAUGGAAAGUUCAAGCCCCCAGCAAUUUGAUAAAUUGAAUCACGUCAAUGAUCGCAUUGUUGAAGGUAUUCUUCGCAUGUUCUUUUGCACUGGAAUUUCUGAGGCCAUUGCAUGCUCCUUCAGUGAUAAGGCUGCAUCCAUUAUAUCAUCAUCAAGACUUGAACUUCCUUAUUUCUGGGACUUGAUAGCUUCAAGUGUUACUAAAUCCUCAAAAGAUGCUAGAGAGAGAGCCGUGAAAUCAAUUGAAUUUUGGGGACUCAGUAAAGGGCCUGUUAGUUCUUUAUAUGGCAUCCUUUUUUCCCCUAAACCGAUUCCUUCAUUGCAAUAUGCAGCCUAUGUUAUGCUCUCAACUGAACCAAUUUCUAACUCUGCAAUUAUUCGAGAAAAUACUUCUUGCUACCUGGAUUAUGAUAUAACCACUGAACAGAGGUCAACCCAAGUUGAUUUUUCGUCCGAAUAUAAUGUGCUUUUGAAGGAGGAAAUAUUAUGUAUGAUUGAGAAACUCCCUGAUGAUGUUUUUGAAAUGGAGUUGAUUGCCCAAGAAAGGGUGAAUAUAUAUCUCGCAUGGUCUUUGUUGCUGUCACACUUAUGGUCAUUACCCCCAUCCUCAUCUGCAAGGGAAAGAUUGGUCCAAUACAUCCAAAACUCUGCUAGUUCUAGGAUAUUAGACUGCCUUUUCCAGCAUAUACCUGUUGAAGGCAUGGCUCUUCAGAAGAGGAAAGAUACGGAACUUCCAGCAGGGCUAUCAGAAGCUGCAACUGCAGCAAACCAAGCCAUUACCACAGGUUCAUUAUUGUUUUCUGUGGAAUUUCUUUGGCCCAUUGAACCAGUGAAAUUGGCAUCUUUUGCUGGAGCAAUAUUUGGGUUGAUGCUUCGGGUUCUUCCUGCUUAUGUUCGAGGGUGGUUUAGUGACUUGCGUGACCGUUCAAAGUCUUCUGUACUUGAAUCUUUUACAAAAGCGUGGUGCAGUCCUUCUAUCAUCGCAAAUGAAUUGUCCCAGAUAAAAAAAGCAGAAUUUGCUGAUGAAAAUUUCUCAGUUGUUGUAAGUAAAUCAGCCAAUGAGGUAAUUGCUACUUAUACUAAGGAUGAGACGGGGAUGGACCUAGUAAUUCGUCUUCCUUCAUCAUAUCCACUAAGGCACGUUGAUGUUGAUUGUAUGAGGAGCUUGGGAAUCAGUGAAGUUAAGCAGCGGAAGUGGUUAUUAUCAAUGAUGUCAUUUGUCCGUAAUCAGAAUGGUGCUUUAGCUGAAGCAAUAAGGAUAUGGAAGCGUAAUUUUGACAAGGAGUUUGAAGGAGUUGAAGAGUGUCCCAUUUGUUACAGUGUAAUUCACACAGUCAACCACAGCAUUCCUCGCUUGGCAUGCAAGACCUGCAAACACAAGUUCCAUUCAGCAUGCCUUUAUAAAUGGUUUUCGACUUCACAUAAAUCAACUUGCCCUCUCUGCCAGUCUCCGUUUUAACCUGAAUUCCUUCCGGUGGGACGGACUAGUUUUGAAGAUAAUGCUUGCAUCCACUCUGAAAUAAUGGUGGAGUUGAGAGGUACACAAUCAGAAACUUAAAAGUCUUAAUUCUUGUAUACUCUUGAAAAGAGGCCUCUGUCCCCGUUCUAGAAAGAAGGAAGAAAUGAAUGUGGGGAAGAACACAAAUACAUCUCUCUCCAGUUUUCGACAACAUAGACAUAGGUGAUCACCUUAACUUACUUUCUAUUUGUAUUUCUUUUCCCCAACCCAAAUUUUUGGCUUGGGUAAAGUUUGUUUUUGUAAUUUACUGGAUUUGUACGUAAGUUAUUAUUUAGGUUUUCGUUAAGACUUUUUCUCGGGCUAACCAACCCCAUGAAAGUGCAAGGAUUCAAAUCUGAAGCCUGAAUGGCAGAAUUUUGUAUGUUUUAUCGAUUCCAAUAGUUUACUGUUAUUCUAUUGUGAUUCAUUUUUCCA